AUGAUGUUUAAUCUAUCGGUAAGUACCUAUACAAAGCACUUAUACACCACAACAGAUGUUGGUCUUGAAUGAGUAGCAGAAAUGUUAAUAAAACUUAAUUAGCGUAGCAAGAAAAUUGAAUCUUUGGAUUCCCCAAGACUUUCUUGAAGUUGACUGUCAGUUUAAUAUUUUUAGGAUAUGGCCGAUAAUUCUCUCGAAAGGACAGGGUCGUUAUCCGACACCUCUCCGUUAAUACGCUCGUCAACCCCUGUCGUCAGUGACCGCGAGACGCCAACAUUUCCGAGAACCUCGAUUUUCACUUGUGCCGUAGUCUGCAUACUCUUUACGGAGUUAUGCGAGAGAUUGACAUUUUAUGGUAUCGCCGGAAACCUUGUGUUAUUUGCCACUGAAGGUGACCAUUUGAGAAUGACUCCGGCGCAGGCUUCGAUCUUGGCAUACCUGUUUCAAGGUACUGUGGUAAACUACUGUUGUUUAUCUCGACUAUUGCCAUCAUCACCCGUUACCAUCGCCAUCGUCAUCAUCACUUAUACCCACACAUAAAUCUUGUAGCAAGUCUGCCAACAAGCCGUCAACAAGUUGUGUUAUAAAAUAACAUGUAUAUAAAUAUAUUUUAAAAAUGGAAAGUUGUUAUUUUAUAAAACAAUUUAUACUUUAUGGUUUCCGUGUUUGGAUGGCCUGAUCCAAACAUGCGGGAAUGUUGCUCGAGUUAAGAAAAGCGUGCAUAAUCGCUCGCCUUUGUUGUCAGCUUGUGAACAGAUUUCUAACAACUUGUUUGCAGACCUGUAACAACUUGUACACAUGCUUUUUAUGUGAGUAUACCAUUGUCAUCACUAUACUAUCAUCACCAUCAGUUCUUGGAUUAAAUUUUCUUCAUUAUUUUAAAAGGAGUUUGAUAAAAAUCGAAUUCUUAUUUCUUCUCAUAGGAACAUGUUUCACUAUGCCAGUGUUGGGCGGAUGGCUGGCAGACUCAAAAGCUGGGAAAUUUGCUGUCAUCUUAGUGAGUGCGAUCAUUUACUUUGUCGGCACAAUACUACUUCCUCUUGGUUCCAUCACGAAGGAUAAAACGGAGCACAGUCAAUGGGCUGCUGACGGGGUUACCAACAGCACUGAUUUCAAGCUGACGGUUUACAUAAUUGGCUUAUUCUUGGUUGCUAUUGGAACUGGUGGAAUUAAAGCAAAUGUUUCCCCAUUUGGGGCAGAACAAGUUUCAAACCGUGGACCAGCUGCUAUUCAAGGUACUAGUGUAAGAUGUUGGUGUUUAUUAUAAUAUCAUCACCAUCAUCACCACCACCACCAUCAUGAUAUAACCAUCAUUAUCAUCAUCAUCACCAUCAUCACCAUCACCAUCACCAUCAUCAUCAUCACCACCAUCAUCAUCGUCAUCACCAUCAUCAUCAUCAUCACCACCAUCAUCAUCAUCACCACCAUCAUCAUCAUCACCACCAUUAUCAUCAUCAUCACCACCAUCAUCAUCACCACCAACAUCAUCAUCACCAUCAUCAUUAUCAUUAUCAUCAUCAUCAUCACCAUCACCACCAUCAUCACCACCAUCACCACCAUCAUCACCACCAUCAUCAUCAUCAUCAUUAACAUCAUCACCAUCAUCACCAUCAUCACCAUCAUUACCAUCAUUACCAUCAUCAUCAUCACCACCAUCAUCACCACUGCCAUCAUCAUCAUCACUACCAUCAUCAUCAUCACUAUCAUCAUCACCACCAGAUGUCAUCAUCACCACCAUCAUCAUCACCACCAACAUUAUCACCACCAACAUUAUCACCACCAACAUCAUCACCACUGGUCCACCACCAUGAUCACCACCAUCAUCACCAUCAUUAUCACUAUCACAAUCAUCACCAUCACAAUCAUCACCAUCAUCACCAUAAUUAUCACCAUCAUCAUCAUUAUCACCAUAAUUAUCACCAUCAUCACCACUACCAUUAUCACCAUCAUCACCACUACCAUUAUCACAACGAUAAGAACAUUAGAGUCUUGUGGUACUAAUGUAAUUCUUGUAAUUUUCAAGCGUUCUUCAGUUGGUUUUAUUGGUUCAUCAACAUCGGCGCCCUUCUUGCAUUCACUUUUGUCGUCUACAUCCAACAAAAUGUAUCCUUCUUCUACGGCAAUCUAAUCCCAGCUUUCUCGUUAGUCCUGGCACUCAUAAUAUUCCUGGCUGGUAAGCGAAGUUACAAUCUCCGCCCACCAGCUGGCAGUGUACUUACAACCACUUUAAAAAUUAUGAAAGAAGCGAUCAAAAAAUCUCGGAGGCCUGCUCUGUCGAGUUCGUUUGUCAAUCAUUGGUUAGAUCGAGCUAAGAUUUGUUUUGGCGGUUCCUAUAGCAACUGGGAAGUGGAAGAUGUCAAGAAAGUAUACAGGCUUCUUCCGAUAUUUGCCACCUUUAUAUUAUAUUGGACGGUUUAUGCACAGGUGAGUUUAUAGCAGUGGCAUAUCUAGCCUCAUCUGCAAGGAGGGGUCAAGAUAUCUAUGUGAGGGGUCCAGGUUUUCCAUGGGGUGGUGCAUGAGGGAGCCUUCUUCUCACUCUCCUCUGCAGUCUGCAACGCUACUAUCAUUACCAUUAUUUGAGAUGGCCGAAUCUGCAUGUUCGCCGUUCUGUUUAUACGUUUUACAUUAUCUUUUGUUUAUAAUGUUUAUAUCGGGUUUUUAUCACGUAUGCGUGACUGGACAGUUGCUGUAGCACAGUACAGUAAAUUUGCUUGUUAAAGUACAGUAUAUUUGAAAAUAUGGCUGUAUAACAACCUCGACAUGUUUACAUAUUUAACCUGACUCUUCCACAGUCCCUCGCUAUAUUUGAGUUAGUACGGGAGAAUACAAACCUAACCCAUUCCCAUCAUCCAACGCGAGCGACUGGGAACGAGUCAGAUAUUUAACCAUGAUAUUUAACUAAAGCAUUACGAGUAGUUUCUUAUGAGCUCACAAACCAAUUGAAUCGUUUCAAGAAAUCGACACGCGCUAACAGUAGAAGUUUUGCUAAUCGCUAUUCGAAAAACAGAAAAUGUAUGGUCAGCAGAUUUUUUUAGGAUGGUGCUUCGACUUCCGUAGGAGGCGUGCUAGACAUCACUAGGUGGGGUGCGCACCCCUGCAAUGCGCCCCCUAUAUUAAGCACUUUAAGGUAAUUCCGCAGUAAUUGUUCCCGAAAUGAGAAUAUGCUGAAACUUGCCAGGCAUGGAAUUUAUGAUAUACUUAAAGUAAAAUCACACAAAAAAGUCGGGGUCACCGAACUCGUUAAGAAGAUAUGACAAUCACAAUAUACCACCUUUACCCCAAUAUGGCGCCAUCUUGACGCUCAUUACGAAUGACAGCAAAAUCACAACAGCCCGAUAUUUAUUGACGUUUUUAGCGCGGAUUUUGCUUUAGUAAACCUAUCUUGUAAUUAUUUUUGAAAAAAUAUUGUGUUUUGAGCAAAAUGAGACUACUAACGUGUACAAUUCUGAUCCACAAAUGUCUUUUGCACAUUUCUUUACAUAUCUUUCUUUGAGAACAUGCAUUGAUAAAGGAUUUUUUUCAAGAUCCAGAAAUGAUUUUUCUUUUAAUUUCGGAUAUGAAAUGUAAAAUGCAUUAAAGAAAUAAAUUAUCAGUUAAAAAACGGGGGUCACCGAUCUUUUUUAUAGGGAAUUGUGGCAUUAAAACGUGAAAUACAAGUAAAUAAAUAUACUACAGACACAGGGAACCCUAGGUACACUUUUGUAUGCCUUUUUUGAAAACAUUGAUUUUAACGUAAUUCUUUGCACGAAUGUAACCAAAGAUGUUUUGAAGUAACAUAAAAUUGUCAUAAAAUGAAAUAUUUACAUAAUUUUUUUUUAAACGGUAUGCGUAUAAUGGAUGAAAUUAUAUAAAUUAUAAGAUGUGCGCAGUAAAAGUGCGCAAUGCAAAACUGCGGAAUUACCUUAAGUAAAGUUUAAAAAAUUCUCUCUAUACAGAUGAACACAUCAAUGAUUUACCAGGGGGAAUACAUGGAUAUCAAGCUGGGUAGUUUUCAAAUUCCAAUCGCUUCGCUCUCAUUGCUCGACACUCUUGGCGUUCUAUUACUUAUUCCAAUCAUGGACAAACUGAUCUAUCCUCUCUUGGCAAGAUGUUUCGAUAUCCACCCCAGCCAGCUACAGCGUAUUGGAGUGGGCAUGCUGGUUGCCACUGCGAGUAUGCUCUGCGCUGGAACGUUAGAAUGGUACAGAGUCGAACACUGCUGUCAGUUACAGCAUCGAGAAGGGGAUAAAGAUGAUAUUCAUGUUGCCAACAUUACUAUAUUUUCUCAAAUACCUCAGUAUACGUUAAUUGGGCUGAGCGAAGUUUUUACAAGCAUCACAGGUAUGUGCAAUUUUAACUUUGUUCAUAUGGCUUUUAGAACUCUAUCUUCUCUACUCAGUAAAUGGACCUGUUCCCUAAUGAACAAAAUUUUGAUUUAGACAAGUCUAGACAAACAUUUCAUCACAGCUAAUGAAAGAGCAUCACAAAAUUAGUAAUAUUCCGAAGUUUCGUUGCGAAAUGUUGUAAAAUGCGGAUAAUAUAGCCCUGCGAAGUUUGCCGUUUUUCAGUCAUUUUGUAUUAUGCACGGGAAAUUGAUACCUUUUUCAGAAAUAAUUUUCAGGAGUACCGUACAUCUGGCGUACCUCUAGCGUUAUUCAGCGUGUGCCUAGAGUAUGCUUAUCGUAUAAAGCAUACGUCCAAAUACGCACAAAAUUAUUUUUUUCUUUUAAAAAAAAUUUUCUGCCUCGCCGUAUGCCAGCGUAUGCGACCGUGCUUGAAACGUAUACAACCUAUGCCUAACGUACCCCUAGCAUAUGUCAGCGUAUACCGGCGUAUGAGUGAUAUUUUUCAUACGCUGGCAUACGCUAGUACGAUACUACGCAAUAGUGUGACAGGGCCUUAAAGUCGUAAUACAAAAUGCAGUUUGUUUAAUAGCAUAUGUUUACAUAAUGUCGUCAUUCAUCGCACUCACAUAAGCUUCCAGGCAAACAGCGCCCAUGUAAACAGGCCCCAAAAGCUGGCCGUAAAAUGUGAUCUCUCUUAUUUCUAGGCCUAGAACUCGCGUACACUGAAGCACCGAAGUCUCUCCAAGGCGUUAUUAUGGGAGUCUAUCUUCUCACAACUGGUCUGGGCACUUAUGUUGGGGCUGCUUUGGUCGCCAUCGUCAACGCAAUAACUGAGGCAAUCAAUGGAGAAGACGGAAAAUGGUACCCGGAUAAAAACUAUAUCAACGCAGGCCAUCACUUGGCUUACUAUUUCUUCUUGUUGGCUGGACUCAUGUUCGUUAAUUUCAUUGUGUAUAUUUUUGUGGCUGUGAGUUUCAAGGAGAAGAAAGAAUCGGCAAACAGGUCUAACAUGAGUAACGGUGUUUUGAAUGGCGUGGAACCGCCUGAUUUGUCAAACACAGAAAAACCAGAGGAUACUUGGACCAAUUCUGAUCGAGUUUCCAAAGAUUCCAAUUAAUAGUUAAUUACAGUCGAAUGGUUUCCUCAGUCAAGAGGCAAUUUUUUCAAUGUCACGUAUUUGCGAUGCAAGUGUUCAAAACCUAAACUCUUUUUGGCGUUCCUCUCAAAAUUACUUUGUUUUAGCUUUAUUUUGUAGUUUACACAGUUAUGUAGCUACCUUUUUAAAUGUAUCUGGCGGUUGAGAAACACAAAAAUAUUGGUUACAUAUUGUCAAUUUAAAUGCAAUUAUCAUUGAUGCAGCUGUAAAAUUGACGCCAUAUUUCUACAGCAAUAUAAGCAAAACUUACUGAACUUCAGACAUCAUUUUCUCUUUGGGGUACCAUCUAAAAUCUCUUCGUUUUAGCAUAAUUUUACAAGUAAAGCACUAAACAUACUUUUUAAGUUUGUUUGCCGCUUGAGAAACGAAUCAAAAAUUUAAAAAAUUGAAUAUAGUCCUAACUGGAAAAAGUAUAUUCAUUAGUUUUAAGCUAUUAAAUUUUUAUAACAAUCAAUGGUAAAAAUCAAUUUGAAGAAAAUUCACCAGAAACAUAUUUGUUAUCAAUAUAUUUUGCAGUAUUUCUAUGUAUAGUAUAUGAACGCUAAUAAGUUGAGCCAAUCUCCUAAAAUAAACUUUUGUAACAAAAACAUUGUAACAAAGUUACAAUUAAUAUAGCUACCACAGUUUAAAACUACGGUUAUAAUUUUAGUCGUUCAUUUUAUACUUGUAAUAUAAAGGGUUUAAUUUUUUUAAUAUUUGUAAUGAAUUAAAAAUAAAGUAGAAUUUGAUUUUGUACUAUGACCUCUAAAAUUUAUUUUGUACAUAUAAAAGCGCGCAAAUUGUUACGUAUCUGCAAACAAGUCGUAACAAGGUUGUUGUCAAGCCAAUAUCAGGAUGUGUUCGCACUGCUUGUUCCCAGUUGUUGCGACAAGUCUGGAACAAGUUGUUAUCAUCUCGCUACAAGCUUAGGUUGAUGACGGUAUAAACAGACUUGCUACAAGUUGUUCCAACAAGACUAAUACAGGCUGUUCGUAAUAAGUUGCUACGAGCUUGUUGUCAUCAACUUGUUAACAACUUGUUACGUGCAGACGAUAUCAGACUUGUUGGAACAACUUGUUGCGAGUCUGUUGGCCUCGUCAACCUUGUUACAAGAUGAUAACCGAACUUGUUCCAGACUUGUCAUUGUCCACAACUGGGAACAAGCAGUGCGAGCAUAUCUUGUUGACAAGUCGUGAGAUUUUAAGCGUGCAGGCGACAGGCCCACUAAGAUGUGUGGAUUUAUAAACACGAGCGAAGACAUUUUAUUUAAAUUCCGAAAUUUUGGUUUUCAAAAGUUACAUCAAAAGCCGGCAAUAUUAUAACUGGUCACGCGACUAACAUAAAUAUAAAAUACACGCACAAAAUGUUAUUCAAACGCAAUAUCUUUUACUAAAACCUCAAUGAAUAUGCAAGCAAACGGUUUCAUAAUGUUCCUUUUGUGUUUUAGAAAGAAUGAUGACUUUUUACCGUUUUGAAAUGAAUUUUGUUUUGUUGCCGCCAUCUUGAUUCGUCGAACAUGGCGGCCAAAAUAAGUGCAAAUGUUUUGUGUAAAAAAUAAAAAAUCCCAUCUUGAUCAACUUUUUCACUGUCGAAGUUUCCGAAUACGAUGUGAUUAGGUGAAUUGAAAAUUAGUUUUCCUUUGUUUUUUUAACCAAAUUUCACCUAAUGACAUAUCCAGAAACUUUGACAGUGAAAAAGUUUAUCAAGAUGAGGUUUUUUGCUAUAAAGACAUAUUAUAUUUCUUCUAAGAAUGAACCAAAUAUUACACAUACCAAAAAUCGUAUGUGGUGUUAGUCGCACUUUGACCUGUUUGGAUGAAAGUUUAUGACCAGUUGCUAUGGCUAGCUGACAGUGUUCGUUCUUCUCAAAAGUUAGGGACCAGUCAUUUAUGGGAGGGGGGGGGGGCACCGAAGGGAGAAGGGUUGGGUAAACAAAAUAUUGAGCGAGUAAAAGGUUGGGUAAAUGAAAAACAAAACAACUCAAGGGUUGGGUAAUAAAAAUUUAUUGUCAUUACCAAAGCAUGACUCACUGAAAUAUUGAAGACUAAAAAGCAAUGUCAACAGUCAUACUGUAUGUCAAUACAACAUGUAAAUCAAUCAGAGUCACUAUCUUGAUCAUUUUCCCGAUUUGUCGGGAGACCAAUGGUGUCUCCAAAGAAAGUACAUGUGCAGACAACAUGAAACUUUAGACUGCAGAAAAUUUCACAAGCAUGCAGUUAUCAAAUUCGUGUCACAGAAGUUGUAAAGGACAUGUGUGACAACUGAAUUGUCUCCGUUUGUAAAGUUUUUGGCCAGGGGUGGGUAUUUAUUUUUUAAUUGAUAUUUGAGGUUGGGUAAUCAAAUUUUUGACUUUUUAAUGGUUGGGUCAGCAAAAUUUUUGCCACGAAAAACAUUUCUAAUCACCGGUCCCUUACGCAUUAUAGACUUGCUAUGUAUUAAAAACGUCAGUUCAAUCACGCGACAAGCAGCAGUGUGGCUGUGGCUUUCUUAUCUUGUGUCUCCAUUACAUGUAUUUACACCAAAACACACGAAGUCGAUACAUUUAUGCUGUGUGCUGCACUUUCACGCUUUGUGAAACACUGCAAUACAGUAAAUUCGCACAUUCAUAUUAAGCUUUUAAAUAUAGUAAAUAGUGUUCUUACGUUAAAUUCAUAUAGAUUUAAUUUUUUUUAUAAUUCGUUAUUUUAUUCCAGUCAUUCGAUAAGCCUGCUGGCAGUUUUAACUCAUGGUGGUAUCGUACUGCCCAGUUUUAAGAAAAGACCAUUGUCUUUGUACAAGCUUUGAGCUCUUUAAAGAAUGACACAAUUCUAAAAGGAGAAAUAAGGAUUAGCGGAUGACCCUUACUGGACCUCUAGGAAGAAUAGUUUAGAACUGAUCGAGCUAUCUAGUAUAAAUAAAAUUAGUUUAGUUUAGGUUUCUUCCUGUAGUGACACUGGAUCAAUACGAGAUGACUCUCACUGGACCUCUAGGAAGAACAGUUUAGAACUGAUAGAGCUAUCCAAUAUAAACAAAGUUAUAGUUUAGUUUAGGUUUCCUCCUGUAGUAACAUUGGAUGAAUAAGAGAUGAUUCUUAAUACUGCACCUCUAGGGAGAACAGUUUAGAACUGAUAGAGCUAUCCAGUAUACUGUAAAUAAAGUUAGUUUAGUUUAGUUUAUGUUUCCUCCUGUAGUAACACUGGAUAAAUAAGAGAUGAUUCUUAAUGCUGGACCUCUAGGAAGAACAGUUCAGACUUCAGAACUGAUAGAGCUAUCCAGUAUAAAUUAAGUUAGUUUAGGUUUCCUCCUGUAGUAACACUGGAUCAAUAAGAGAUAUUCUUACUGGACCUCUAGGAAGAACAGUUCAGAACUGAUAGAGCUAUCCAGUAUAAAUAAAGUUAGUUUAGUUUAGGUUUCCUCCUGUAGUAACACUGGAUCAAUAAGAGAUGACUCUUACUGGACCUGUAGGAAGGACAGUUUAGUAAUAAGAGCUAUCCAGUAUAAAUAAAGUUAGUUUAGUUUAGUUUAGGUUUCUUCCUGUAGUAAUACCAGAUAAAUAAGAGAUGAUCCUUACUAGACAAGAGGAAGAAUAGUUUAAAACUGAUGGAGCUAUCCAGCAUAAAUAAAGUUUGGUUGUUUAUAAAUAUGUCAAAGUUACCCCUCCUCCACUUGGUCUCUGUUGAACAUUUCCUUGAAAGUGUGGAUCGGAAGGGGGAGGUGUUGGCCGACGACCGGCUCUUCUCUGAGGCUGUUGCUGCUGCUGUUGUCGUUGUUGACGUUGUUGUCUUUGCUGUUGUUGCUGUCCCGUUCUAGCCCUCGCUUCUUCCUCUUCUUGAAGCUGCAUGGCAUACUGAAGGCUGUGAGAAAGAAACUUUGCAGUUAGGUUCAAUGUUCAAUAUAUACGCCCAACAGAACAACGUCUGCCACACUUUCGAACUUACUCAAAUAAUUCCUGUUCGCUAGUCAUUCCUCCAUUGUUACUUCGGUCUUCUUGAGGUUCUUGGGCGAGAGGUUGUGGGGGAAUGACGGGUUGUGGAUCUGACUGUUGCUGUUGUUGUUGUGGCGAUGACGGUUGUUGCGCUUGCUGUUGUUGUUCCUUUUGAAUGGAUAAUGCUAACAUAUAGCUGUACAAGAGAAAAGAACAACCUAGACUAACUUUAUUUAUGCUGGAUAGCUCUAUCAGUUCUGAACUGUUCUUCCUAGAGGUCCAGUAAGGAUCAUCUCUUAUUGAUCCAGUGUUACUACAGGAGGAAACCUAAACUAAACUAACUUUAUUUAUACCGGAUAGAUCUAUCAGUUCUAAACUGUUCUUCCUAGAGGUCCAGUGAGGAUCAUCUCUUAUUGAUCCAGUGUCACUACAGGAGGAAACCUAAACUAAACUAACUUUAUUUAUACUGGAUAGCUCUAUCAGUUCUAAACUGUUCUUCCUAGAGGUCCAGUAAGGAUCAUCUCUGUUACUACAGGAGGAAACCUAGCCAAACUGACAUUAUUUAUACUGGAUAGCUCUAUCAGUUCUAAACUGUUCUCCCUAGAGGUCCAGUAGGAGUAAUCUCUUAUUUGAUCCAGUGUUACUACAAGAGGAAACCUAUAAACUAAACUAAAAUAACUUCAUUUUUGCUGGACAGCUCCAUCAGUUCUAAACUGUUCUUCCUAGAGGUCCAGUAAGAGUAAUCUCUUAUUUGAUCUAGUGUUACUACAGGAUGAAACCUAAACUAAACUAACUUUAUUUUUACUGACUGGAUAGCUCUAUCAGUUCUAAACUGUUCUUCCUACAGGUCCAGUAAAAAUCAUCCUCUAUUGAUCCAGUGUUACUGCAGAAGGAAACCUAAUUAAAACUAACUUAAUCUUUCAGAAAACCUUACUCCUGAUCUUCUUGUGACAAUGCGCUAUUUAAUGGAGGUUUUCCGGGCAGAGGUUCGUUCGUCAUUACUACAUUUUUGAAAUUGCAAUCCACGAAUAGUCCAUCACCGUGGACGCUCGACAAAGUUUGCCAAACCAUCUUAUCCUCGGUCAAAAAUCCUUGAUCAGUUAGGAGAAUGAAUAGUUCGCCCUGUAGAAAUAUAUAAAGUCGUUUAGUGUUAUCUUGGACCACGGUCUGAACGCAAUUUGGACGUCAUUCUGAACGCAAUUUUGACCUCGUUCUAACGUAAAUUGGACCGCGUUCAGAACGUAAUUUGGAACGCGGUCUGAACGCAAUUUAAAACGCGUUCUGAAUGCAACAUUGACCGGGUUCUGCACUUAAUCUAUAGCGCGUUCUGAAUCCAAAUCCGAACGCGUUCUAAACAUUUUAGGGCGUUGGUGGCAACACAAUUGAGGACAAGUUUGUUAUGUGAUUUGCAACACUGCCUUUUAAAUUCAACAUGGAAUGCUGGAACGCAAAUUAUUGACAAUUUAAUAAUGUAGAUCAGUUAAAAUAAUUUUUAUUUUUAUACUAAAUACAUUAAAUGCAUGUAAUCGAUAUAAAAUAAUUUUUAAAAUUCUCAAACUAUGCAGUUUACCUGAUGUUUGUACAGAGUGCUAAAAUGAUUAUUCCUGAAGAAGACACAUAAUUCGUCCUCAUUGAGAGUAGCGUUUAGUUCACAAACGCCAUGGCACGUCAGCUGAUUCGCUGUUUCCUCAAGAAACGACUCUGCAAAAAGCCCUGUAAAAUUUUGAAAUAAAAACAUUGAGGGGAAAAGCUUACCGUAUAAGCUGAAUAUUUGUGGAAAAUCUCUUUGUUUAGCCAGAUUUUUAAAGACUUUCAUACAAAUGAUACAUUUCAAAGAAUGUUCAAGGACCAAGAUUCAAAUUUAAGACUUUCAAAGAUUCAAAUUUAAAGGCUGCUACAAGCUCGGUUCACUUACUAACUUUAAAAGUUGUGAGUUUACGGCAACCAGGUAUAAUAUCAGUCAUCUGAAGUUGCAACAUGGCUUCUUAUAUACCCAUGGUUUAUCCAUCUUGUUGGCAGAUAACGUCAUCCCAUGGGUAUACAUAAGAUGAUAAGAAGCCACGUUGCGACUUUAGAUCACCUCUGAUGAAGACACUAGUCUGGAGUGUUGAAACAUUGGGUCGUGAAGCAAUUCGACCAGGCUUUGUAUUCAUUUAUUAAAACCAGAGUAGCAAGCUAAAACACGACUGUCACUAAUUUUUGUUAAGCAGAUAUUUAACCCACCUUCGGACGAUAACUGGCUAUCACUGUCAGUCUCUUUACUUGCGACAAUCUUUUCUACCAAUUGAUUAUAACUUAGGCUCCCUAUCGCAGUUUUGUAUUCAGCACUUUGAGGAUCCACAAGCCAACCAUGGUACAAUUUAAUACUUAGCAAAUCAAAUAUGAUGCAUUCGGGUGUGAAUUCAAAGUCACCAACACUAGGGAACGUAAAAUAAUUUAAUAAUGAAUAAUUGUUUCAUGUUGAUUACAUGCUACACAGCUAAGGCAAGCUAGAUUAAGAUUCACAUUCAUUUCAUAACAUCAUAAAAGUUGGUACCCUGUAAAUUUAACAUUGACGUCUAAACCAGUCGUGAGUUUUGGUAAGAUAUUUAUUGCAUCUUGCAUGUUUUGUUCGAAGUUUCUGAGCACUCCUUCAGCCAUAUUCUGUAAUAUGAAAGAAAGCAAUUAACUAAACUAACUUUAUUUAUAUUGGAUAGCUCUAUCAGUUCUAAACUGUUCUUCCUAAGGAUCAUCUCUUAUUGAUCCAGUGUUACUACAGGAGGAAACCUAAACUAACUUUAUUUAAAAUGGAUAGCUCUAUCAAUUCUAAACUGUUCUUCCUAGAGGUCCAGUAAAGAUCAUCGCUUAUUGAUCCAGUGUUACUACAGGAGGAAACCUAAACUAAACUAACUUUAUUUAUACUGGAUAGCUCUAUCAGUUCUAAACUGUUUUUCCUAGAGGUCCAGUAAGAAUCAUCUCUUAUUGAUCCAGUGUUACUACAGGAAGAAACCUAAACUAAACUAACUUUAUUUAUACUGGAUAGCUCGGUAAGACACAUUCUGCAACCUCGUUCCCAGGGUAUUUGCCCAAGAGCAAAUACCCUGGGAACGAGGUUGCACAUUCUGCACACCUCUGGAAUUGUUUUCAAUAUGAUGUCGCCCAAAUACUCCAUGAGUUGGCGUGUUGUGACCAUUUCUUGCAUGCUGGGAAAUGUGAUCAUUCUACGUAGCAACAAUAUAUUAAUGACCGCCAAUAACGGACAUGGGCCGUUAUCGUUUUGUGUAACGAUAGCCGUCUUCAAGCCUUUCCACGUAAUCCAUUUUAUGUAAUAUGGACUAUUAUUGCUAUCUGCAUAUUCCAUCUCGUUGUAUUGAUUGGUGAUCGUGUCAUCACUAUUUGACGCUUGAGAAUCAUUCUGAUUAUUGACAGUAUCAGUAUUGGAUGGUUCGUCAAUGUCAUGAUUAUUGAUCGUGUCAUCAAUUUUGGAUGCUUCAGAAUUGAUUAUAUCUUGAGGCGAGCCCAAGAUCUCUGCAGAAUUAGGCUUGGGCGGAGUUUUGUUUAUAGUUUCGUCUGAAGAUUGUUCUUGAAGCGUGUCUACGGAAUGUACGGAAUUCUCGCAGGGAACAGGUGUCUCGUCAAAUUGUCCUUCUGUUUUUGUAUUUUCAUCGGCUAAAUCGCUUGACACAGCUUCCGAAAUGGAACCCUGUGUAGUAUCUAUCCCGGUAGCUUCGCUGCUGCCUGUGUUUGCCUCGGAUUCAUUAAUUUUACUGCCAUCAUCUACCAAAUUUGACGUAGAAUCGCCAGCUUCGGCACAUUCGCCAAAUGAAUGAGUACCGACAUUCGAAGUCUGUUUUCCCGCAGAAUCGGACCGCGUUUCGCUUCCUUGCGAAGCAGACACGUUGCUGGCAUCCAUAUCAACAAUUUCCUGCAACCAAAAUGGUUUCAAGUGCGUUUAUAUAGAAGUAAACACAAUAAAAGUGUGUUUGUAUCUUGUCAACAAAAUCGCCAUGUUUAGUUUUGGAAAACUGCUACAUUGCACCGGAAAUGAAUGUACAUUCUACUUACUCUCUGAUCUCUAUAUCAUUAUGUAUUACUGGACCGAAUGCUGUCAUGGCAAGCCACUUUCAUACAGCCCCAUACAGGCAAAACAAUCUGAAUUCUGAGCGAGUUUUGGCUGAAUAUUUUCUGCCUCGGUUUCUACACCGAUUGAUAGGCUUCUGUUAGCGUUACAGGGUUGCAGUCUGCAGAUAAUAGUCAAAUUUUGGACAAAACCAUUCAACCCUUUGCAGUCAUUUAAUACAGGGGCAAGGAAAUUAAACUAAAUCUCUCCAAUGUAUUCAUUUGUGUCCAAAUACAAGACUACUACCGAUAAUAUUUUAAAAAAGAAUCAACAUUAUUUUCCCACUGGUAUUUAGCCUGCGAACAGGCCGCCCGCAACCCAGGGCCUGUUCGCAGGCUAACUGGUAUUCAAACUGCAACGUUGACCACGGUCCAGUUUUACACUGUCGUUAUUGAGAUCAGUUAAUGGCGGGAAAAUCAAAUUAAGCCUCCCCAGUCUUUCCGCGUUUGUUUUCAAAUCUUGUUACAUUUUGGCGUUUGGGAUUUAAAUUUUGUCUGAAAAAUCAAAAAUGUUCGUAAAUUUGGUCCAAAAUCUGCAAACAAGGUGAGUUUUUGUGCUGUUAUUGAGAAUGGUAAUCAUACUUCGAGCCUUGUGUAUUUGGUGUACAAUUUAGGACAAAAUACAGCGUAAAUUUGAUGGUCUUUAAGCGCGUGCAAAAAGUCAAAAUUUAUCCAUGUGGUCUUUGGGUGUCAAUUGCUGUGUCAAUUUGCAGCUAAAAUUCAAGCCAUUUGUCGGCUAUCAGUAAGAUAUUUUGUAAAAUAUCACUUCUAAAUUGCUGUUAUAUGACUUUUAUCGUUUGAUGUUGUAAGUUCUGGCCAGAACUUUGAAAAUCUGGUGAGAAUCCGGUCCAAGGAUAUUUAACCAUAGACGAACAGUUCAGAACUGACAGAGCUAUCCAAUGUAAAUAAAGUUAGUUUUGUUUAGGUUUCCUUCUGUAGUAACACUGGAUUACUAAGAGAUGAUUCUUACUGGACCUCUAGGAAGAACAGUUUAGAACUGAUAGAGCUAUCCAGUAUAAAUAAAUUAAAGUUAGUUUAGUUUAGGUUUCCUCCUGUAGACUCUGUAGUAACACUGGAUCAAUAAGAGAUUCCUUGUUGGACCUCUAGAUAGGAACAACAGCUUAAAACUGAUAGAGCUAUUCAGUAUAAAUAAAGUUAGUUUAGUUUAGGUUUCCUCCUGUAGUAACACUGGAUCAAUAAGAGAAUUGUUGGACCUCUGGGAAGAACAGUUUAUAGAACUGAUAGAGCUAUCCAGUAUAAAUAAAGUUAGUUUAGUUUAGGUUUCCUCCUGUAGUACUGGAUCAAUAACAGAUGACUCUUACUGGACCUCUAGGAAGAGCAGCUUAGAAUUGAUAGAGCUAUCCAGUAUAAAUAAAGUUAGUUUAGUUUAGGUUUCCUCCUGUAGUAACACUGGAUCAACAAGAGAUGAUCCUUACUAGACCUCAAUGGAGAACAGUUUAGGAACUGCAUGAUAGAGCUAUCCAGUAUAAAUAAAGUUAGUUAAAGAUAUUACAGUAGAAAGCUUUAUAUGUUUAUGUGUAUAAAAAAAGCAAAUUUACAAAAUUUGAUUAUUUAUAUUUGUUCUUCAAUUGUUAAUUAAUAUUAUGUUACUUUACAGAUAUGUAAAUAAAAUAUAAUGUAUAUGAUUGUUUGUUUUUUUAUGGAAAUUCUUUCCUAAUUUUCAUGAAAUUGCUAUGGUGAUACAAAAUCUAUUAACUGUCUUUCGAGCUAUUCUCGUUCAUCUUUCACAUUGAAUUCUACUUUAAAUACUAAUCUGUUUGAGAGUUUAUAUCACACCGUCAAAAGGCAUUUAUUGUGGUAAUUUGAUAUCAUAAUAAAUUCCUUGUCGCGUAUGGUAUAUUGUUGUAAACUUGUUGCAAAAUACAUAUGUUGGAAUUCUGUAAUGAACACAUUGAAAAGUCGUUUUAAUCUUGUUACAAGCAUGGAUGAUAAAAAUAUGGAUAGGCGGAAACUCGUACCCACACCGGUAAAAGCGCGCAAGUUGUUGCAGAUCGUAGCUGGAUCCCUAUCAAUCUGAAGUUUCGUCGCGAUUGGCACUAUUUCCUAUCCACUCUUUAAAACAGUCUUCAUUAUAGAUAUUUGACGCGCGUUCACGCAGGGCUCGAAAUAGCGGGCUGCCAAUGGUCAAAAGCGGGCCAUAUCUUAGAAAUGGUAGGCAAAAACAAAUUUGAUCUGCCAAAGUAAAAAGAAUGGCAGGUGAAAUUCUACAGACAUAUUUCAUUUCAUUUGCUUACCACAACUCGUAUACAGCUAUUUCAAUUAAGGUUGACCGCCGAGCAAAGCGGAAAAGUCGAAUACGAGCGCGAAAGGCUGCUGGGAAUCGCUAUUAAUUUCAUUCAUUUAUUAGUGAUUCCCAGCAGCCUUUCGCGCUUGUAUUCGACUUUUCCGCUUUGCUUGGGGGACAACCUUAAUUGAAAUAGCUGUAUACCAGAUCAUUUAGGUGACCAAAUACGUUUAUAUUUGAAAUGUAAAUCCAAGUUUACUGUAGUAAAAUAGACAAGUUUAAAAAUAAUAAAAAUGCAUGUCACGAAAACGUUGAUUUUUACAAAUAUGACUCCUAUGAAUCAUAGAUAGAUAGAUAGAAACUUUAUUUAUACACGCUGACCCCGUCAACCGAAGCUGAUUUCCACGGGGGGCGUGUGCAAAAAUAGAAAAAUGUUACAUGGAGAUAUUAAAAUACUUAAGUUUAAAAAGGUAGAAUAUUAAAUUAUUUACAUGAUAAGAAGGUUAUUAGAAUAUUUACAGUUACAUCAAUUUACUCUAUGUCAAUUUUGUGAGCAGCAAUUUUAUUUCUAAAGGAUGAAAGAGUUUUGCUUUCCCUAAUUUCCUUUGGAAUACAAUUCCAAAGGUGUGCUCCGUCAUACAUGAAACUAUUUUUCAUGUUGUUAGUACGCGGUUUUGGUAAACUAAGACCACUUGAAAUGUCACGAAGGUUGUAGUUUGUUUUCUCACAUUUGUAUGAAAAAAGAUUGGUGAGUGAUUUAGGACCCAUUUUAUUUAAUCGCCAUUUUGGCAGUUCAAUGAAUAAAAAUGGCAGGCUAAGAUUUAUUUCACCUGCGAAAAAAUUUUAGACUGGCAGGCCAUUUUUUGUCUACUUCGAGCCCUGACUGUGUUCACGCUCACAAAACGCGUGUUCACGCUCAUAAAACGCGUGUUCACGCUCAUAAAACGCGUGUUCACGCUCAAAAAACGCGUGUUCACGCUCACAAAACGCGUGUUCACGCUCACAAAACGCGUGUUCACGCUCAUAAAACGCGCGUGUUGACACUCGCAAGCCACCAUAUAAUACCCCUCUCUCUCUCUCUCUCUGUAUAUAUAAUCUUUCAUACAUUAGCACUGCGUAUUAAAGUCGUGUCUGCCGAGUCAUUCGCGUCGGCUCUAUGGUUUAUUCCCCCAUUCCCGUUGACUUCCAUUCUGGGCGCGGGAGGUUUUAAAAAUUUCCAUGCCAGGAUGAAAAAUAGCAUCGUGAAGAAUUUCGAGACUGUUGCUACGGCGGCUGUGUAGUAGAUUAAUUUUUCGUUGUCGUAUUCGAGACAGUUUCCGCGACUACCGCAUCUAGAGACAGAAAUAUGAAGAAUGGCCCUGUUAGCUAUCUAGUAUAAAUGAAGUUAGUUUAGUUUAGGUUUCCUCCUGUGGUAACACUGGAUCAAUAAGAGAUGAUCCUUACCGGACCUCUAGAGAGAACAGCUUAGAACUGAUAGAGCUACCCCGGCCAGUAUAAAUAAAGUUAGUUUAGUUUAGGUUUCCUCCUGUAGUAACACUAGACCAAUAAGAAAUUAUCCUUACUGGACCUCUAGGAAAAACAGUUUAAAACUGAUAGAGCUAUCCAGUAUAAAUAAAGUUAGUUUAGUUUAGGUUUCCUCCUGCAGUAGCACUGGAUCAAUAAGAGAUGAUCCUUACUGGACCUCUAGGGAGAACAGUGUAGAACUGAUGGAGCUUUCAGUAUAAAUAAAGUUAGUUUAGUUUAGGUUUCCUCCUGUAGUAACACUUGAUCAACAAAAGAUGACCCGUACUUGACUUCUGGGAAAACAUAUGCUUGUAUUCUAAAAGCCGACUCGCACUCAAUGAGUGGAGGUGUAAUCAGAGCUUCUCUUGAGUGUCAGUGCUGUUUUUGAAUAGCUGGAGGGUGAGCAGUCAGAUAGUAAGGUACGAGACUGACCCUCCAGCUUUCAAAAGCAGCAUUGACACUCAAAAGAAGCUCAGGUUGAAUCUCCACUCAUUGAGUGUGAGUGAGCUUUUAGAAUAUGGGCGAUAGAUAGUUUGCAAGGGAAAACAGUUUUAAACAAACAGAGCAUUAUGUUUUUCAGACACUAAAACGGCUGUUUACUGCAUAAGUCGAUUUCUUUGUAACAAUAAAACUCAAUAAUGAAAUUUAUUCUUUUGCUCAAUAGGUGUGCUUUUGAUUGCAUUUAAGAAGAGAUUAUGUCGCAUAAGGUAUUUAUGAGAAAAAAAUUGGAGUACAUAAUUAACAUUAAUUAAUCAAUAAUUACUAAAGAUUAGCAUAAUUAGUCAAUUAUUUAAUUAGUUAAAUGAACUUACUUAUCUUGCCAUAAGAUGCAUGUUGUAUCGAUGAGUUUUCCGUAGAUAAUUGGUCCUGGUAUUGCUCCAAGUAAACGUAUGAAUAUCAUUUGCCAUCCUAGCGAGUAUGCUUUUAGAUGUUGAGGUAUUGAUCUGGAAAAAUAGCACAGUUAUAAACCGUUUGCACGAGAUUGGUUUGCACAGGUGAUGAUGGUGGUGAGGGUGAUGGUGAUGGUGAGGGUGAUGAUGUUGGUGACGGUGAUGAUGGUGAUGGUGAGGGUGAUGAUGAUGGUGGUGAUGAUGAUGAUGGUGAUGGUGAGGGUGAUGGUGAUGAUGGUGAGGGUGAUGAUGAUGGUGAUGAUGGUGAUGGUGAUGGUUAUGGUGAUGAUGGUGAUGGUGAUGAUGGUGAUGAUGAUGAUGGUGAUGAUGAUGGUGAUGAUGGUGAUGAUGAUGAUGGUGAUGGUGAGGGUGAUGAUGAUGUUGAUGAUGGUGAGGGUGAUGGUGAUGAUGGUGAGGGUGAUGGUGAUGGUGAUGGUGAUGAUGAUGAUGAUGAUGAUGGUGAGGGUGAUGGUGAUGAUGGUGAUGGUGAUGAUGGUGAUGGUGAUGGUGAUGGUGAUGGUGAUGAUGAUGGUGAUGGUGAUGAUGAUGGUGAUGAUGAUGAUGAUGAUGAUGAUGAUGAUGAUGGUAAUGAUGGUGAUGAUGAUGAUGAUGGUGAUGAUGAUGAUGAUGAUGGUGAUGGUGGUGAUGAUGAUGAUGAUGGUGAUGGUGAGGGUAAUGAUGAUGAUGGUAAUGGUGAGGGUGAUGAUGAUGAUGUUGAUGAUGAUGAUGGUGAUGGUGAUGAUGGUGAAUGUUGAUAUUGAUGAUGGUGGUGGUGGUGAUGGUGAUGGUGAUGACGAUGGUGAGGAUGAUGGUAUAUGUGAUGAUAAUGAUGUCUAUGAGUGUUAUAAUAUCUACCUGAGUAUAGCAAUGACUGUCGGUGUUUGCGCGAGAAAUGAAGUGAAACCGAAUAAUGCUGUGAGAAGGACAAAUAUGGCGGCCUUUGUUCCACAUUGAGAUGGACAUUUUCCAUAAGCUAGGUCUUCACUGCCUGAACAUCGACACCCUGUAAAUAUCUGGGAAAAAUAAUAGAUAAGCCUAUAGACUAACCGCCGUAAAAGCUAAUUGCUCGUGACCUAUAUUGGCGUUGCAAUUACUCAAUGAUAUGAAUGUUUUUCUAUGAAAGAGUCACAUGGCAAAACAAUUUUAAUCAACUUUGUUUUGGAAAAAUACCUGUCACGGUUUGAAAUGUUAGCGUUGUUUAAUUAAGACAAUUAAGAGACUUGAAAAUGUGUGUUUUGCCAUUGUCAACAGAGCCCAGGCGACGUUUAAAACACCCGUGGCUUUUAAUUAUUCAUUUAUUUGGGGAUAUAUGAUUUCAUUGUGUCGAUAACCGUAAAAAUCUCACAACUUGUCAACAAGAUGUGUUCGCAACAGGUUUGUAGCAAGCUUGUCAACAAGUUGUAACAAUGCUGUUAUUUUAUCAAGUUGCUACAAGGUUGUCACUCGCAACUUGUUGACAAAUUGUUGAACUGCAGCACGAUAACAAGUUGUUGGAACAACUUGUAACACGUCUGUUGAGCUCAACAACCUUAUAGCAUGUUGUCACCAAGGCGUUGACAACUUGCCAACAAGCUGGGAACAAGCAGUGCGAACACAUCCUGUUGACAAGUUGUUGGAACAGCAUUGCUACAAGUCUGCUGCAGGUUUGUUACAACUUGUGCGUUAUUACGUGUGUGGCUACACCUCAACAGUAAUCAACAAACCUUUUUCGUUUCUUGUUUUGCCGUACAUCGUGCGAUACAUGGCGACCUAUACGUUGUCUUGCUUUGAAUGUCGCAAACUGGGAAGUAUAACCAUUGUCGACAGUCGCAGUUGGUGUUGCAGUUGGUGAUCAUUUCUAGGUUGGUCCUGUGAAGAAGAGAUGGGUGUUUUAAUGUUUAAUUUGUGGUGUGCAGUUAUAUAAUGUUUGUGGUGUUACUCUGAGUGUGCAUCCACACCGGGCAUGCUGAAAGGUUUGCCUUACCACGGUGGGAAUCGAAACCGCGAUCUUUUGGCCUGUUUUGGGAUACUAGUCCAAUGCUCACAAAAGUGCAGUUAUAUAUGUUUGGAAAUCCAUAUUGAACCAUAGAACCCCAUUACUUAACUUUGUAGUAUGAAAUUUUGAAAUUGUCUUGUUUCACGAAAAUUUAUGAAAAAUUUUCUUAUGAUGGAAUUAUUUCUCUUUUUAAGAAACAGCUAACUUAUUUUAAGAAAAUGGUUUCUUGUUUGUUUCUCAAAAUAUGAAAAUUGUAUUUUCUUUAGAAAAUGAUUUUUUGCUGUGUGGUUGUACUGUUGUGUUGUGUGGUAUGGUAAGGUAUGGUAUGGUAUGGUGUGGUGUGGUAUUGCUUUGUAUGGUAUGGUAUGGUAUGGUAUGGUAUGGUAUGGUAUGGUAUGGUGUGGUAUGGUAUGGUAUGGUAUGGUAUGGUGUGGUGUGGUGUGGUAUUGUUUGGUAUGGUAUGGUAUGGUAUGGUAUGGUAUGGUAUGGCUUGGUAUGAUUUGGUAUAGUUUGAUAUGAUAUGAUAUGGUUAGCUUGGUAUGGCUUAGUUUGGUAUGGUAUGGUAUGGUAUGGUAUGGUAUGGUAUGGUAUGGUAUGGUAUGGUAUGAUUUGGUGUGGCUUGGUAUGGCUUAGUUUGGUAUGGUUUAGUAUGGUAUGGCUUAUAUAUGGUAUGGUAUGGUAUGGUAUGGUAUGGUAUGGUAUGGUAUGGUAUGGUAUGGUAUGGUAUGGUAUGGUAUGGUAUGGUAUGGUAUGGUAAGGAAUGGUUUGGUAUGGUAUGUGAUGUGAUAUGGUGUAUUGUAUGGUAUUAUGUGGUGUGUAGAGGUAUGGUAUAUGAUGUGGUAUGGUAUGGUUUAGUAUGGUAUGGCGUUGUAUAAUAUAUAACCAUAACAUAGUACAGUAUAUAAGCCAUGAAUUACUACCGUAAUCUUGUUGCUUUAACCGACCUAUUUCCAACUGGCAGUGUUAAUCCAACCACCCCCUGACCAGAGCAUUGCGUCGUCAAAUACAGUAUACCAACCACCAUGCUUAGAAAUGUUGUAAUGCAGACUGUCUUGGUUGCUUGUAUACCAUCGAGUUCCAUUCUUUUAUUGAUGUAAGCGCCUGGCGAAUAUUAACGAAAAAUAUAUAAGAUUGUAGUUUGCGAAUGGAUUGACGAGUUUAUACAAGGUGUAUAAAAAAAAGUAGAUAAUUUUGAAACGGCUCCCAAUUUCACAAAUCCGUUCACUUCAUGAACUUUUUGAUAAAUGGAGAUUGUUUGGGUCUUAUAAUGUUGAAUAAACAAAAAAAUUUCGUGAAGAUAAAUUUUCCAGAGCAAGGGGUGUCUUUUUAGCAGCAUUAAAAAUAGCUUGCACGCGAAGUUUUCGUCGUAUCGUAUCGUAAAAAUUUAUUUCAAGACGCUAGCCUCAUCAACAUAUAAGUUGGUUUUCAUGAGGGGCGUCGUCAAUUUAUAUACAAAGUAUUUACAAGAAAAUACGUAGAAACAAAGAAAAACUAUUUACAAGAGCGCAUGCUGAAUACAGGAGGUGUGACCCAUACAUUAACAUUAGUAACAGAAUCAAAGAUUAAUAUUUUCUCUGAAAAUAUGGAUUGAUCGUCCCUCUUUUGCUUCCCGAGAAAGGCUGUAUAUAAAACGUUUUUUAAGAAUUCCCUUCUCGGUUUUGGGAGAGCUAAAUCAGUAUAGCUAUUUCUUAAGGUUAUAGAAGAUUUAUACAGAAGAAUGGAGUUCAUCUUCUGUCUUCUACUUUUUAAAGUUUCCCAACCAAGAGUUUCAAGAACAACACUCAACAGCAGAAUCAAUUUCGUAACUUGCGCCAGCGAUUAUUCUUGCCGCACGAUUUUGAAAUUUCUGAAGUUUAUCAAGCAGUUGUGUGCCACAAAUGUCCCAUACAUAGUGGAGAACAGUAAUCCAAAUAAGGUUGAAUCAAGGCAUUGUAAAUCAUUUGGAGUGAGCUUACUGGAAUGAAAUUUUAAAACGCAUUUCAAGUUGAUGAGAUCGGAGAGCCUGUUUUAGGUUUACUCACCUAAAAUCUGUCCACCUAAUAUAGGCAGGACUACAGCAGUUCCAUAAAGCCAGCUUAUUUCGGACAACGGUGUAGCGAAUAGAACAUAUAUGACUUUAGGAAAAAAAGCCAUUGCAGCUGUGAUAACGAAAUAUUCUAACGCACUUCCGAGGCAUAAAAAUACGAAACCAGGAAUCGAGAAUAAUUCCUUGGUCACUGCCGGCAGCUUUUUAAUAUCCAUGUGGUCUAUGACGUCGGAUAGUUGAAACACCUAAAUUUAUGAAAUCCAGUGUUACUACAGGAGGAAACCUAAACUAAACUAACUUUAUUUAUACUGGAUAGCGCUAUCAGUUCUAAACUAUUCUUCCUAGAGGUCCAGUAAGGAUCAUUCCUUAUUGAUCCAGUGUUACUACAGGAGGAAACCUAAACUAAACUAACUUUAUUUGUACUGGAUAGCUCUAUCAGUUCUAAACUGUUCUCCCUAGUGGUCCAGUAAGAAUCAUCUCUUAUUGAUCCAGUGUUACUACAGGAGGAAACCUAAACUAAACUAACUUUAUUUAUACUGGACAGCUCUAUCAGUUCUAAACUGUUCUUCCUAGAGGUCCAGUAAGAAUCAUCUCUUAUUGAUCCAGUGUUACUACAUGAGGAAAUCUAAACUAACUUUAUUUAUACUGGAUAGCUCUAUCAGUUCUAAACUGUUCCCCAUAGAGAUCCAGUAAGAGUCAUCUCUUAUUGAUCCAGUGUUACUACAGGAGGAAAACUAAAAUAAAGUAACUUUAUUUAUACUGGAUAGCUCUAUCACUUCUAAACUGUUCUUCAACUUACAUGCGAUUCGUCGCUUCCAUUAUUUUCACCACCAAGAGAAUUCCCAUAUCUUCUCGCAAUAAUUCUAGGAAAACCAAGCAUCCACACCGAGAGAAAUAUAGCCAUGAACAUGCCAAUGACGUUACCUAUCCACCAGUUCCCAAUCCAUCGAGGAUCGCUCGCGGUCAGCUCGGUACUGACGCCCAUAUCGACGUAGAUAGACAGGAAUAUACCGCCCAGCAGGAAACCACAGGCCGCCCCUAGGUAAGAAUGAACAGUUAAAGCAAAUUUAUUUAUAUUUUAUAUUGGUUAACUCUAUCAGGUUCAAACUGAUUUUCCCAAACUGAUUUUGGGUUUAUACCUUAUUGAUGCAGUGUUACUACAGGAGGAAACGUAAAGUUCUCUGGCAGGAAUGAACCUGCGGUCCUGCCAUUCCGGUGCAGCGCUCUAUAAAAUUUGCUUUCGAAAUACCAAUCUACAAAAUCCUUCAAUCCAAUUGAGAUACCCAAAAAUUAUGAUUAGGGGCGCAGGAAGCAUCAAAAGAUGGGGGGGGGUGGCGGUUUGGAGGGGCACUUUUGGGCACCUGAAAUUUUUUUCCGGAAAUGUUGGCGACGGGGUGGGGGGGGGACUGCAAUCAUACAAAAUGCAAUCUGAACAACAUUUUUCACGAAGGCAAAGGGCACUUUGCCACCGGAGAGUGGGCAUUUUUGGUGUUUUCUGAAGGAAAAAUAAUUGCAAUCAUAAAAAAAUGCAAUCUGAACAACAUAUUUCAGGAAGGCAAAGGGCACUUUGCCACCGGAGACUCAGAAAGGGCACUUUUUGUGUUUUCUGAAAACUUGGAGGCCUUUGCCCCCUUGGCCGCCCGGUUCUUACGCCCCUGUACUUAAAACUUACCAACAGUCCCAGACGAACCAAAGAAGCCGAUAUAGAUUGGCGCCACUUUCUUUUUGACGCUUUCGUCCAGGUAUGCGAUCCCCAGUACAUAUAGUGGUGCGCCUGCAAUGCCGAUCAAAAACAUCCCGAAACAGAAUAUCGCAGGAUAGUACCAUUUUCCCACACCAUCGUUGUCGCAGGUUUCUGUGAAAUUUGUUGCGUUUACUGUGCAUACGUCUGGUAGCUUUCUUUCUCCUACAAAGUGGAAAAAUGUUAGGGUUUGGUCCAUAUCAAGCUCUAUCAGUUCUUCUCCUUGGAGGUCCCGUAACAGUCAUCUUUUAUUGAUCCAGUGUUACUCAGGAAGAAACUUAAACCAAACUAACUUUAUUUUGUACUGGAUAGCUCUAUCAGUGUUAAACUGUUCUUCCUAGAGGUCCAGUAAGGAUCAUCUCUUAUUGAUCCACUGUCACUACAGGAGGAAACCUAAACUAAACUAACUUUAUUUUAUACCGGAUAGCUCUAUCAGUUCUAAACUAUUCUUCCUAUAGGUCCAGUAAGGAUGUCUCUUAUUGAUCCAGUGUUACUACAGGGAAAUUGCUAGAUAGUAUACUUCAAAAUAAGGUUUCCGUUUUUAUAUCAAUUUUUUUAAAUAAGUUAGGGUUAGGUUAGGGUUAUGGUUAGGGUUGGGGUUAGGGUUAAGGUUAGUAUUAGGGUUAGGGUUUAGUUUUGCGUUUUUUCUACGUUAUAAAAACGGAAAACUUAUUUUGAAGUAUAUUAUCUAGCAAUUACCGUUACUACAGGAGGAAACCUAAACUAAACUAAUAUUCUUUGUACUGGAUAGUUUUAUCAGUUCUAAACUGUUCUUCCUAGAGGUCAAGUAAGAAUCAUCUGUUAUUGAUCCAGUGUUACUACAGGAGGAAUCUUUAACUAAGCUAACUUUUUUUACACUGGAUAGCUCUAUCAGUUCUGAACUGUUCUCACUAGAGGUCUAGGAAAGAUCAUCUCUUAUUGAUCCAGUGUUACUACAGGAGGAAACCUAAAGUAAACUAACUUUAACUGGAUAGCUCUAUCGGUUCUAAACUGUCUUCCUAGAUGUCCAGUAAGGAUCAUCUCUUAUUGAUCCAGUGUUACUACAGGAGGAAACCUAAACUAAACUAACUUUAUUUAUACUGGAUAGCUUUAUCAGUUCUAAACUGUUCUUCCUAGAGGUCCAGUAAGGAUCAUCUCUUAUUGAUCCAGUGUUACUACAGGAGGAAACCUAAACUAAACUAACUUUAUUUAUACUGGAUAGCUCUAUCAGUUCUAAACUGUUCUUCCUAGAGGUCCAGUAAGGAUUAUCUCUUAUUGAUCCAGUGUUACUACAAGAGGCAACCUAAACUAACCUAACUUUAUUUAUACUGGAUAGCUCUAUCAGUUCUAAACUGUUUUCCCUAGAGGUCCAGUAAGGAUCAUCUCUUGUUGAUCCAGUGUUACUACAGGAGGAAACCUAAACUAAACUAACUUUAUUUAUACUGGAUAGCUCUAUCAGUUCUAAACUGUUCUUCCUAGAGGUCCAGUAAGGAUCAUCUCUUAUUGAUCCAGUGUUGCUACAGGAGGAAACCUAAACUAAACUAACUUUAUUUAUACUGGAUAGCUCUAUCAGUUCUAAACUGUUCUUCCUAGAGGUCCA